UGAUUCUGAAUAUCUAUUUUGGGUGGGGUUAACAAUUCUUUAAUUUUAGGUGAUUAUUUUAAUCCAAUGGCAUUUAUAUUUACUUCUCUUAUUGGUUGUUUAAUUUAUCUCUUCUAAAAUAUAAAACAAAUAUGGGUCCGCUUUGCUAACAGUUCAUAAUAAUAAAAACAUUAUAUUUGAGGUUAAGGAAGUAGGUGACAGUUUUCAGAUAUACCUCCCAGUGGCAUACAAUUUGUUUUUGCAAAAUUUAAUUGUGUGGUUCAUAGUGAGUCUCGUUAUUUUGAGUUAUUUCGAUCGACAAAUGAGUGGUAUAACGUUGCAGUGAAAAAAUAAUGUGAAAAGUUGCUCCAGUUUGUGGCAGUUGAUGUGUGAAAGUGCUAGGACAAAUUUUGGACGACGCCAUUUUGAUUUCCAGCUAGUAUUUUAAAAAUGAACACAAACUGAUUAUACAAAAGUCAACUAAAAAUGGCACCAGUGCCUCGUCCAGGUAGUUUACGUGAUCCUGAUAUUGCUGAACUAUUUUUCAAGCAUGAUCCAGAAAAAAUAUUUGAAGACUUGCGUGAAAUUGGUCAUGGCAGUUUUGGGGCAGUAUAUUACGCACGGUGUCUCAUUACAAGAGAAAUCGUGGCUAUUAAGAAAAUGUCUUUUACAGGAAAACAAAGUUUGGAAAAGUGGCAGGAUAUUAUAAAAGAGAUUAGAUUUUUAAAACAAUUAAAACACCCAAAUACUAUUGAAUACAAGGGAUGUUAUCUUAAAGAUAAUACAGCUUGGCUUGUUAUGGAAUAUUGUCUUGGUUCAGCAUCUGAUAUCUUAGAAGUUCAUAAGCGACCUUUAAGAGAAGAGGAGAUAUCUGCUAUUUGCGAUGGAGUCCUUAGAGGACUUAGUUAUUUACAUCAGUUUGGGAGAAUUCAUAGAGAUGUUAAAGCUGGAAAUAUAUUAUUAACUGAAAAUGGAACAGUUAAAUUAGCAGAUUUUGGUAGUGCUUCUAUUAAAUGCCCUGCAAAUUCUUUUGUUGGUACUCCAUACUGGAUGGCACCAGAAGUAAUAUUAGCUAUGGAUGAAGGUCAGUAUGAUGGUAAAGUUGAUGUUUGGUCAUUGGGUAUCACAUGUAUAGAACUAGCUGAGAGGAAACCACCAUAUUUUAAUAUGAAUGCAAUGUCAGCAUUAUAUCAUAUAGCUCAAAAUGACUCACCUGUGUUGAGCUCUUCUGAAUGGUCGAACGUAUUUAAAUAUUUUGUAGAAGCCUGUUUACAGAAAUCACCACAUAUGCGACCAAGCUCGCAAGAAUUACUGUCGCAUCAUUUUGUAGCUAGAAAUAGGUCAACGAAUGUUCUUAUAGAUCUUAUACAGAGGACAAAAGCGGCGGUCAGGGAUUUGGAUAAUUUAAAUUAUAGGAAAAUGAAAAAGAUCCUUAUGGUGGACAAUUGUGAAACGGAGAGCAAUAUUGAUUCUUUGCCAGAUGUCGAUGAUACUCCAGAAGAGCCCACAGGCGGGGAUAGUUCAAAAAGCAACUCAGUUACCUCAGAACACUCGGUUCAUUCUGUUGGGGUGUCAGCCAGUAGUCAGUCGAGUAGUACAAACAGCUUACCAGCAGUUUUUGUAGGAGGCGAGGAUGGAACAACGAAGCGACAUAGGCCCAUUAACCACAUGGCUGCUGUUGCUCUUAGUGAACACACUAGCGGAAACAAUUUUGCAACAAUAAGGACCACAAGCAUCGUAACCAAACAACAAAAAGAGCAUAUGCAAGAGGAGAUGCAUGAACAAAUGUCUGGUUAUAAACGCAUGCGUCGUGAACACCAAAGUGCUCUCUUAAAGUUAGAAGAUAAGUGUAGAAUGGAAAUGGAAAGCCACAAGAAUCAGCUAGAUAAAGAAUAUGACGUCCUUUUGGCCAAUUUCUGUAAAGACUUAGAAAAGCUGCAAACCAAACAUCAACAAGAAUUAGAUAGGAAACAUAAACAGAGCGCUGCUCUAGAAAAGAAAUUAAUUAAAGACAUUACAAGUAGACAGGAUACAGAUAGGAAAGCCUUCGAAGCUCAUAGGAAAAAGGAAUAUAAAGCGACUAAGGAAAGGUGGAAAAGGGAACUCUCUCAAGACGAUUCUACUCCGAAACGUCAAAGAGAUGCAACAUUACAAAGCCAAAAAGAUAAUUUAAAACAGGUAGAUGCUAUAGAAGAAGACAGAUUACUUAGAGGACAAAGAGCUGAAUUAGACUUGGAAUUGAGAAAAUUCCGAAGAAAACGGUUAAUUGGCUAUCAUCAAUUGGAACAGGAUUUAUUGCGGCAAGAGUUGCAUAAAAGACAACAGCAAUUAGAACAAGCUCACACAAUGUUGUUACGACAUCAUGAAAAAACUCAGGAAUUAGAAUAUCGCCAACAAAAAGCAGUUCACGCUUUAAGAGAAGAACAAGUGAAAAAUCAGCACGACACUGAACUGCAGAACCAGGCUGAAUACAUGAAGCGGACGGAGCGUGAGAUGCGUAAGAAGCACGCGUUAGAAGUGAAGCAGCAACCAAAGUCGCUUAAACAAAAAGAAAUGAUGGUCCGUAAACAAUUUAGAGAUACUUGUAAAGUACAAACAAAGCAAUAUAAGGCUUUGAAGGCGCAAAUUUUACUCACUACUCCGAAAGAGCAGCAGAAGACUGUCAUUAAGAAAUUGAAAGAGGAACAAAGACGAAAAUUAGCUUUAUUAGGCGACCAGUAUGAACAAAGUAUUGCUGAAAUGUUGCAGAAGCAAUGUAUCAAACUGGACGAGAGUCAAGAAUUACAAUUCCAACAAAUGAAGGAAAGAUUGCAGUACGAAUUGGAAAUUUUGAUGGCUUAUCAAAGCAAAAAUAAAAUGCAGGCUCAGGCACAAAGAGAAAGAGAAAAGAAUGAACUACAACAAAGAGUUGAAGUGAGAAGGACGCUUUUAGAACAAAAGAUGUUAGCUGAGAAUCAACGUUUUGUUGAUGAACGCGGAGAACGAAUUAGAAUACUUCAUGAAAAACAAGAAAAAGAAAUAGAAGAAUUUGAUGAGGAAUCUAUUAGGAUGGGUUUUAGUGCUUUGGCAAUAGCGGAGAUGUCCUCAACUCUUGGAGAUAUGUCUCGGGACGAUUUUGAUGGAGAAGCCAGUCUAUCAGGUUCAAUGCUCAGUUUGGCACAUUCGAACAGUUCUACAAGCUUUCCACCUAAUUCAGUGUAGUAGUUAGUCACUAAUAAUACAAAUUAGCACAGGUGUUAUGCGAAAACUGUAGCCAAUUUGGUAAUAUCUAAAUAUCUAAGCACGUACUCGACCCGCUGUUAUUAAACCUAUUUGUUAUACCGUGUGUUGCAUCGUCGACCUGAACAUAGGAAAUCUCAUGUAAAUUAUAAAAAGGGACGAACAAGUUUUCCCAAUUUUAUUUUACAGAAAAAUUGAUUUGAAACUUUUUAAAGUUCUCUUUAUAACGAAGCAAAUUGUUCAUUUUGAAUAAUUUAUACAAAUUCGUUUUUGAGUUAUGGAAGAUACAAAAAUACUAAAUUAGGCGAACAUUUAAAAUAUUCCCGACUUGGUUAAACAAACAUAACAAUCACAAAUUAUUUCACAAUAUGACAAAUCUAUUUUGAUUUACUUCUACAGAGAUCUGUCAAAAAUAUUAAGUUAUAUUUUAUUUAAGGCCGGAUUAUUUUUCCAAAUAUAAUUUAGUAUUUUUUCUCUUUCAUAACUCCAAAAAGGAUUCUUAGAAGUUAUUAAAAUGAACAAUUUGCUCCAUUUUAAAAAAUUCUUUAAAAAGUUUCAAAUAAAUUUUUCUGUAAAAUAAAGUUGGGAAAACUUAUUCAUCAUUUUUAAAAUUUACAUGGGGUUUCCUGUAUUCAGGUUGGCAAUGCAACAGACUGUAAACCUAAUGGUUAUAGCCAAAUGCUGGUUCGGAUUUCUUUUUUAUGCUUGUUUUAUUCUUUAAAUGAUACAUGUUUCUGGUAUUUAUAAUUAUUUUAAAGUACCUGAUUCUUACUUUAUUACAAUAUGAAUUUAUUUUAUCUAUUAAUUCAAAUAUUAUAUUGUUACAAGAUUUAUUCUAAUAUAGGUAAAAUUUUUAAAAUAUAUUUUUUCAUUUUACAAAUAUACAUUUCUAUAUUUUUACAUUAAUUAAUAAAGGCUAUUAAUGGGCAUUGAGAAUUUACUACUAUUUAUUAUUAAAUAAAAACACAUUGUUAUAUAUUAGAAUAUGAGAAGAAUUUUAUAAUUCUUUAAAUAUAUUAAUUUUAAAGAUUUAGUCCUUAAAGAAGGUGCCAAAGUUUAACUUUUUUUGUCUUUUUAAAAUUAGUUUAUAAGCAAUCAAGUUAUUUUCAUAUUUGUAAAUAUUUUAGUAUUCAUGAACAUCAAUAUUAUUUUAAUUUUGAGCGAGUUUGUUUCAAUGGUACAUUUUCAAGUUGCUAUAACCAUUAGGUGUGCAUUUUUUAGAGGUUAAUGAUAUAAACCUUGUAAAUAUAUUCUUAGUCUAAAUAAUUACCGAAUCUAACAGAGGUUUUAACAGUGAAACUCCUUUAAUGUCUCGGAAAGUCGCUUAAUUUAAGACAUUAUGAACAACUGUAUAGUCAAAUAUUGAAAGGAUUUGUAUAAUUCUAUAUUAGAAACCCACAUUUCUGUGAUACAUUUUUGCAAUUUCAGUGUUAAAACUAUAUUAAAUAAUUUAUUAUUUUUUAAAUAGUUUUUCUUAAUCUUUUUUAUUUCCAUUACUAUUAUUAUUAAUAUGCCAUUAAGAUUUUUUACCUUGUAUAAUAGUAAUUUAGUUGAAAUAUCUUCCUGUAAAUUUGUGUAUUUUUUAAUACCGGCAAAAUAUAGAUUUAUUCUUUAUUUUAAGUGAUUCUAAUUAUAUUGUACUAAAUUACAGAUGUUAGUAAAGACUAACUAUACCAAAAAAUUUUGGUAUAUACGCUUAAUAAUAAUCUAAAGUACCCAAUCGGCUUUGAAGUACUGUAUAAAAGAAAAUGUAAAGACGCUUUUGUAAACUUUUUUUGAUAGACGUGUAGAUUAUUUAUUUACAGUUUUCAUGGCUUGGCAAGGAACAUUAAA